UACGGGUCUGGCUGAGGGACAAUCUUCCCAGUACAUUAAAAAUAGCAUUAAACGGACAGAACGAAUGAAAAAAAAGUUGUCAUUUGAAAUGUUUCUUUAGUUCCAAUUGUUUGUGAUUUCCACACUGAAAAGGAGAGCGAUAGAAGGGCGACUGUCGCUAAUGUUAGUCUCUCUGCUUUGGUUCUUUAGUGCAGAACAGGCUGGGAAUUAAACAUGGCCACUAUGCUGCUGAAGUUAUGGGGCCACCAGAGCCCAAGUGCAACUCUACAUCUGAAAAGAAUAUGGACCAAAAUUCCAGUCAGAUUUUCCUCUGUGGGCGGCAGAAGAAUCGAAAAAGUACUUAUUGCAAACCGUGGAGAAAUAGCAUGUCGGGUAAUGCGAACAGCUAAGAAGAUGGGUGUAAGAUCGGUUGCUGUUUAUAGUGAAGCAGAUAAACACUCAAUGCAUGUGGCAAUGGCAGAUGAGGCCUAUCAUAUUGGACCUGCUGCUUCCCAACAGAGCUAUCUAUCAAUGGAAAAAAUCAUGGAGAUUGCCAAAAAAUCAAUAGCACAGGCUAUACAUCCAGGCUAUGGAUUUCUUUCGGAAAACACAGAGUUUGCUGAGUUGUGCAAACAGGAAGGAAUAAUUUUCAUUGGGCCUCCAUCUUCUGCCAUUCGAGAUAUGGGUAUUAAAAGCACAUCAAAGCACAUAAUGGCUGCCGCUGGUGUUCCCAUAAUUGAAGGAUACCAUGGAGAUGACCAAUCUGACCAGAAGUUGAAGGAAGAAGCUAAGAGAAUUGGUUAUCCAGUGAUGAUCAAAGCUGUCCGUGGAGGGGGUGGCAAGGGGAUGAGAAUAGCUCGAACUGAAGCUGAUUUUCUUGAUCAAUUGGAAUCAGCUCGCAGAGAGGCUCGUAAGUCCUUUAAUGAUGAUGCAAUGCUGGUGGAGAAGUUUGUAGAGAAUCCACGACAUGUGGAAGUGCAAGUGUUUGGAGACCAACAUGGCAAUGCAGUGUACUUGUUUGAGAGGGAUUGCAGUGUGCAAAGAAGACAUCAGAAAAUCAUUGAAGAAGCACCAGGGCCUGGAAUCAAGCCAGAAGUGCGGCGGAGGCUAGGAGAGGCUGCUGUAAAAGCUGCUAAAGCAGUCAAAUAUGUGGGCGCUGGCACAGUUGAGUUCAUUAUGGAUGCUGAUCAUAACUUCUAUUUCAUGGAAAUGAAUACUCGACUUCAAGUAGAGCAUCCUGUCACUGAGAUGAUUACUGGAACUGACCUGGUCGAAUGGCAACUAAGGAUUGCAGCUGGAGAAAAACUUCCUUUGAGUCAAGAAGAAAUUUCUCUAAAUGGACACUCAUUUGAAGCUAGAAUAUAUGCUGAAGAUCCUUCCAAUGACUUUUUGCCUGGAGCAGGACCUUUGCUUCAUUUGUCAACUCCAGAACCUAAUGAUUUUAUAAGGAUUGAAACUGGAGUGAGAGAAGGUGAUGAAGUUUCUGUUCAUUAUGAUCCAAUGAUUGCAAAGUUAGUUGUCUGGGGUGAAGAUCGGUCAGCUGCAUUACAGAAACUCAGAUACUGUCUGCGCCAGUACAAUAUUGUAGGGCUCAGUACAAACAUUGAUUUCCUGUUGAGCUUAUCUGGACAUCCGGAAUUUGAGGCUGGUAAAGUGGAUACAAGUUUCAUUGCACGACACCACAGUCAACUUUUCCCUCCAUCAAGAAAGGUGUCUAAAGAAGGAUUGUGUCAGGCAGCAUUGGGACUUUUGCUUCAGGAAAAAGCACUGACUAAGGAAUUUAAACUACAUUCAAAUGAUCCAUAUUCACCCUUUGCCUCAAGUACUGGUUCAAGAAUGAAUAUUUUGCACACUCGAACACUUGUCUUUCAGGAUGGAGAAGACAAAGUGGAGGUCUACAUUGCUUACAACAGAGAUGACACAUACAGUGUAAAGAUUGAAGGAGAGCUAUUCCAUGUCUCUGGAAGUUUGAUUUACAAAGAUGGUUCAUCCUUCCUGAAUUGUUCAGUAAAUGGAGUGACUUCAACAUCAAAGUUGGUUAUCUUGAACAAUACAGUUCAUCUGUUUUCCAUGGAGUGCCAUGAACAAGUGACCAUACCUGUGCCUAAAUUCCUGGCCGGGGUUAGCAGCACAGGGUCACAAGGCGGAGCUGUAGCACCUAUGACUGGAACAAUUGAAAAGGUGUUUGUAAAAGAAGGGGAUGAAGUAAAGGUUGGAGAUCCAUUGAUGGUGAUGAUUGCUAUGAAAAUGGAGCAUACCAUUAGAGCACCAAAGGCUGGAGUGAUCAAAAAAGUAUUUUUUAAAGAAGGUUCCCAAGCCAGUAGACAUGCAGCACUCAUUGAACUAGAGGAAAAAAAUGUAGUUUCAGACUAAGGCUUUAAAAACUAAUCUUAAUUCAUAAUGUUUAGUAUACUCUGUGUUAUUAUUUUAUAGUGUUAUUUGUUGAAUCAAUUUUCUGUGGAACAAAAAAUAAAAAGUUGCUUAAUUUUUU